GGAUAAGCCAUUCGAGAAUCUUUCCUGCUCUUUUGGUUGCUCUUUCACUGAAUAAGACUGAAUAUUGUAGUAGGUUUCAUCGAUAAAAGGUGUCUCUAUACUGUUUCGUCUGGCUGUAAAAAUUUUUUCAUUUUAUCAUAGUAAGUGAAUGAUUUAUUAUUUGUGCAAGAGUAAACAUCAAAAAUUUCUCUCUCCAAUCUUCUCCUUGUUUUGACCCUUUUUAUACUGUGCAAACGGGGAUUUUUGGUCCACGUUACACCGGAUAUUAUCUUUGAAAUUGUUAAUUUAAUAAACUGUUUCAACUUAUUUGACUUGACACAAUGAGUUGGGGAGUUGAAUUAUGGGAUCAAUAUGAAAAUAUAAGUUGCCAUACACAUAAAGGUAUUGAAUUUUUGGAUAAAUUUGGAUCUUUUGUGAAGGAAAGAUGUGCAAUUGAAACGGAAUAUGCAUCUAAAUUACGAAGACUUGUAAAAAAUCAUCAAUUCAAGAAAAAAGAUGAAGAAGACCAACAAUUCACCUAUUUAAAAGCAUUCAUGAUGAUGCUACAGGAAAUCACGGAUCUUGCAGGCCAACAUGAAGUAAUCGCUGAAAACAUGAUGGGUGUUAUAGUUAAACAAAUAGCCAUAUUGGUCAAAGAAAUGAAAGAAGAACGUAAACGAAUACUAAAUGAGGGGCAAAAACAUCAGACAACGUUAGGCGGAUCUUUAGCGCAAUUGGAUAAGGCCAAAAAAUCAUAUGAAAAAGCGUUCAAAGAAGCAGAAAAGGCCCAAGAAAAUUUUUUAAGGGUUGAUGCCGAUUUAAAUCUUAGCCGAGCCGAGGUUGAGAAAGCAAAGCUCAGUUCAACAGCCAAAAGUCAAAUGUGUGAAGAAUCUAAAACUGAAUAUGCCAAAUACCUUCAACUUGCAAAUGAACAUCAAAGGUUACACUUUAAUGAACUUUUACCCAUGGUUUUUCAAAGGUUUCAAGCCAUGGAAGAACGACGUAUAGCGUGUUUAAAAGACUUCAUCAGAGAAACUGCUGUGAUACAGCAAAAAGUUACACCAAUAAUUAAUAAGUGUUUAGAGGGUAUCAUAAAUGCCUCUGAGACCAUCGAUGCUCGUGUAGACUGUGUUUUAGUGAUAGAACGUUACAAAUCCGGAAUGGAACCACCAGAGGACAUACCAUUUGAAGAUCUGAAUAAUCCAAGACCGUUAAGUGACAAUAUUUCUAAUCACUCAUCGCAUUAUCAUAAUAUAAGCUUGAGACCUGAAACAAUAAGGCAUGGUAAAGACACUCUCAAUCUUAAAAUAAGAAAAAGAGUUGGUCUUUUUAAUCUUUUUGGUUCAAAUAAGACAUCCAAUGACGAUUUAAAGGAUGACUACGCUGAGUUACCUCCAGUUCAAAGGCGGAAGCGGUUACAAGAAAAAAUCGAUUCGAUCAAGUCUCAAAUUGUCCAAGAAACAAAUGUUAGGGAUGGUUUGAUGAAAAUGAAACAUGUUUAUGAACAAAAUCACAAUUUCGGUGAUGCUACCACAUUGGAGGAUAAGCUGGCCGAAAGUAGUCAAAAAAUGGAUAAACUGCAAAAUGAAUUAAGAAAAUUUGAAGGUUAUUUGAGUGAAUUUAAUAAUGGAACCAGCAGGAUGGCGGAAAGGUCACCUUCAAAUGCCCGUAAAUCUAAAGCCAGUAGUAUAUCAGAAGAUUCAUUGUCAAGAAGUGCAUCUGAUUCGAGUGUUAGUCAAAAACAGGAGAUUUCACCAAUCCAUGAAAAUAACUCUAUCAACACAUCCACGACGACGACAAAUAGUAAUAACAGGGACACAUUGAAUUCAACUCGCUCAAGUAACAACACAACAGCACCUCCAUCAGCAACAUCCUACUAUAAUAAUCAUGAAUCUAAUAAUAAAGAGAACAUAAUUGACACUUACGAAGCCAUUGAUAGUUCCCUUUCAGACAAAAAUGACACAUCUGAUAGUGCUAAUAAUGACCAUCAUAUUGCUCAAUAUGAUGAAACUGUUUCCUCAAAUGGACCGAGUGAAGAGAUUGAUGGAAACAGCUAUAAUUAUCCAGCAGCUGAAUACAUCGACGAAGGAGAUGAUGAAUUCGAACCUGCUUUACUUCCUCCCAUCGGCAGAGCUCAAGCUCUCUAUGGUUUCGAAGCUCAGAGUGAAGGAUCCAUUCCUAUGGGCGAAGGUGAAAUAUUUGAAGUAGUUGAGCUUGAUCAAGGAGAUGGCUGGACUCGGGUUCGUCGGAUUAACGAUCAAGAAGAAGGUUUUGUUCCUACAUCUUACCUGAAAUGUGAUCUUUAUAAUUGAUGAUUAUUUGUGAAAGAUAAUCUCAAGAGCAAAGUGAAUGACUAAAUAAUUUUAUUUUCAAAUAGAUUUCAAAAAAUAAAUUGUAGUUUAUUUGUUCUCACUUGUGCUCAUCAACAUUUCCUAAUCACAUUAUCCUCUAUCUUCAUUAUUAUUUUUCCUCUUCUUCUUCCUCUUUCUUCCUCCAUCUUUUAACACAUUUUAUUUCUCAUCAAUUGUCUCAAAAUUGAUUCUGUUAAAAAAAUCUAAAAUGCUAUUUUCUUCUUCAAGAGAACAAAAAUUUUCUGCGGACAAAACUGUAAUUUAUGCUGUAAUUUAUGCCAAUAGUAUACAAUUAAUUUGAAAACAUGUAUUUUGACUAAUUCAA